ACAAAACCCACUCUCUAUCGCGAGUCACUGCAAAACCACCGUCAUCGAGACAUAGAACAAGAUCAUGGGGCACUCCAAUGUGUGUAAUUCUCACCCUAAGAACCACGGACCUGGCUCCGAAGCCUGGUCUGUUGAGAAGCUGACUGACGAGGUGGUCGGAAGUUUCUGUGUGAGGUGAAGCUAGGCUAAGGGCCAAGAGAAUUUACUCUGUUUUUUACUUCCCGAAACAAAGAACAUGGUGGAACCUAUCUUACGGCAUUAUGGUUGCUGCGGUUUACCGUCGAUUGCUCAUCUAUGGAGGAGAGGCUCAUAGUGUGGAGGGUGUUACUCGGUUUUGAUUUCUCAUGUUGUGUUUCUUUCAUUUGGAAGCAUGCAAGGGCUUGUUUUCGGCAGAAUAGUUUAAAGAAAUGGAAGUAGGAAUAGAAACUAGUGGCCAAAGGUUCUUGUGGGUGGUAAGAAAUCCACCAACAGAGGAGUAUGAGCUUGCCAAGCUCUACUGCGGUCAGGUGGCUUCUGCCUGUACAGGGAUAUAGAACUACGGCAUCGUCCAUGUUGCGUUGGGAGAAACAUAGCAGUAGCGUGGAGAGAAAAUGGAGGGAAGAGAGGGAUUUGAAGUGAAGAAGAUAAAGAGAGAGAUGCGUUUUACAUUUUAUUUUUUGCCUUUUUUCUUUUUUUUUUUAUAAUUCCACGUAAGUUUCACGUAUGGCCGGCUAUCUCUCGGUUCCUCACGUUGGUUGUAUCUAACACAGCUGUAAUAGAACAUUUUUUUACUUUUUGGAGCCGAUUGCAAGUCGGUUUGCACCGGCGGUUGCAUCCAUCAAUUUUCUCCCUUCUUUUCACAUGAAUAACUUUUCCUCUUUACUUACCUUCACCUUGGUUUGGUUGUUUCAAAAACCUAAUUCAAGUCGGUCUUGGCUAUAAAUCCCAGAAGAAACUGAGCGUUAAACCCAUUUUCUUUCGGUUCUCUCGAGCACUUGAGCACCGACAGCGACGUACUCGGGCCUGGCCGCCAACCAGAAGAGAAUCCGAGGGUGGUGAUGCAGGCUCAUGAAAGGCUUCCACGCGAUGCUCUAAAGAUAUUGACGUUGGGUGCUUUAUCUACCCGGCCUACUGUUAAUUUGUUAGAUUUGUCUCAUAAUUCAUUUUCCUGAUCCAAUCUAACUCGACCGCAACCAGCACCUCCUUUUCCAUGGCUGAUCAAACCUUUCGAUCGACUUCCAAGCCCCGUUCGAAUCAUUGGGAUCGCAAUGUCUUUCUGAGUUUCAGAGGCGAAGACACUCGCAAGAACUUCACCGAUCAUCUCCACUCUGCCUUGGUGCGUGCAGGAAUUCACACUUUCCGAGAUGACGAUGAACUCCCACGAGGAGAGAACAUCUCUACUGAACUGUUGAACGCCAUUCGUGGAUCAAGGAUUUCUAUUGUAGUUUUCUCUAAAGGUUAUGCUUCUUCCAAGUGGUGCCUUGAUGAGCUUGCAGAGAUCCUAAAUUGUAUGGAAACCAGAGGUCACACUCUUCUUCCCAUAUUUUAUCAUGUGAAUCCCUCAUAUAUACGAAAACAGACGGGAACUUUUGCCAAAGCAUUUGCUAAGCACGAAAAGUGCAUUCAAGUGAAUAUGGCGAGGGUGGAGAGGGUGCAGAGGUGGAGAAAGGCUCUUAUCGAAGCUACAGACUGUGCGGAUCUCGACGGUAUUGCAAAUGGGUACGAAUCAAACUUCAUUGACCAAAUUAUUGAAGAAGUCUUGAAACAAGGGACAUUCGGAUUGUAGGCACCUAUGGGAUGGGUAGAAUAGGUAAAACAACCCUCGCAAAAGCUGUCUAAACCUUUCGUGAGAAUGAUUAACAAAACUAGAGGCGAGAUAUACAGGUGUUACAUAUUGUUCUAUGUUCUUCCUUUAACCGUUGAAGAUUAUUUGUCGGGAUUCAAGAUACCGGUUCCAAGUAAUCAAGUGAAGAUGGAAAGUGGAGACGAAAUCGAGGUGUCCAUUGCUCGGAGAAAGGAGAACAUCAAACUAGCUUGGAAACCCGUUGAGGUGAAAAGGUGCGGAAUCCAUCUGGCAUCUGCUAGUUUACGAUCCGGAUGUAAUCGCACGCCAAUUUGGAAGCCGGUUCCAACGUGUCGAUUUUGAUACAGCUAUAGAUGAUGAUGAUGGUCUUGGGUUUUCUACGUUUGAUUUGAUUUAAUAAAUCUUCUUUUGAUGCAUUUUAUCAGUGUUGCUUCUUUAUGGAGUGAAUUUGAUCUCCAAAGAAUUAUUAGAUUCAUUAAAAUGAUAGCGUUGUGACAUUUAUAAG